GUGGUGUAAAUAUUUUGCUAGCAAUGAUGAAGGAAUCUUUCUGUCCACAUCUCCUCUUAUUACUGUUAGUAGCUGCUGGUGGAGACUGUCUCAAGUGGAGCGAGACUGAUACUUGUAGUGAGACGGUACUAGAUGAAAGCUAUGACCCCAGCACACCUAAUGUUCUCUGCUGCUUGCUACCAGACUCAUACUACCAGUGUGACGAGCCACAGUCCAUUGAUGAUGAUACUAACACUACUGACAAUGAUACCAUAGGGUACUGUAACACAUUUGGUAGUGAGUAUUACGAAGAUGUUGAGAAUACUUCUGUAUACUGUACAGUACUGGAUGGAGUUCAAUGCUACGGAAAUAAAACUUUUAUUAAGAAAAACGUACCCUGUGUUAGGUAUAAAGGAAUAUAUUUUCCUACUAUUCUAAUAUUUUCGGUAUUUCUUGGUUUACUCGGAGUCGAUCGAUUCUGUCUCGGCUACUGCUGUCUGGGUGUGGCUAAAUUAUUAACGCUAGGGGGUCUGGGGGUUUGGUGGAUUGUUGACGUCAUUUUACUCCUCACUGGUUCAUUGACCCCUGAUGGGGGGUACAACUGGGACCAAUAUUAUUGAAUAUUAAAACGACCCCCAGGGGCCAAAACUUUAUUGUGUAUCAUUGUUGAGAUAUUUUUAAGACUUUUACUCUAUAAAUCCAAA